UGUGCUGUGUAACGGACUCAAUGGAAAAGACGUGAACGACAACACCGUGGAUAUGAAUGAAUCGCGCGUGAUUAAACAACGAGCUAGGCUCGUCGAUCGUGCGAACAUCGGAUGUUUACUCUGAUCGCGAGCCAUUCUUUCGUUUCUCUCGCGAUCGGCAAUGUUUAAUCGUCUACUAAUAUCAAUAAUAAUAAUAAUAGUAAUAAUAAUGGUAUUACAAAUUAAAUCAGUAGUAUGAAAGGUUGAUAGAAAUAGGAGAAGAAGAAAUCAAGGAGCUGUCGGUUUGUUCCGAAUAAUCGAUUCGUUCGAAACAAAAGGAAGAAAAUUUUUUAAGUUCGAUUUUCUCAAAGGGCCCGAGUGUACGCGUGUUUAUGUGUACGUAGGCGUAUGCAAGCGUGUUCAUGAAAACCUUCAAGGUUCCUAAGAAUGUCUGAUAGUUCGGAUCAGCUGUCACCGCCGAACAGCGACUGUAAUAGUCAAAUGGGUGGCUUGCAUCGGAACACUGCUGCCGGACAAUACAGCAAUUCUUCGAUGUCAGCCCUUACACUGAGCCAUCAUGCACAACCACAGAAUUUAACGCCCACGUCGGACGGUAGUCCACAGUAUCCCCAAGAAUUGUCCACCUGCAGCUCGUCGAACGUAUCUACGAAUAUUGGAAAUAUCGGUGGACUCUCACUCGGUACAACCAUCAGCAAUUUUACACCCGAACAAAUAUCCUGCAUGUGCGAAGCCCUGUCGCAGAGUCAAGACAUCGAGAAACUUACUAGGUUUCUCUGGUCGUUACCACCCGGUGAGCUGCUGCGUGGCGGCGAGAGCGUUUUAAUGGCUCGAGCGGCGGUAGCAUUUCAUCGUGGUGCCUAUCACGAGCUCUACUCGAUCCUCGAGAGUCAUCCGUUUUCGCCGCGACGGCAUCCAGAACUUCAACAAAUGUGGUACAAAUCGCAUUACCGCGAAGCCGAGAAGAUUCGUGGUCGUCCUUUGGGUGCUGUCGAUAAGUAUCGACUUCGAAAGAAGUAUCCAUUGCCAAAGACGAUCUGGGAUGGCGAAGAGACCGUCUAUUGCUUCAAGGAACGAUCGAGGAAUGCUUUGAAGGAGUGCUACAUGAGAAACAGGUACCCGACGCCCGACGACAAGAAAAACUUGGCCAAGAAAACGGGCCUUACGUUGACCCAGGUCUCUAAUUGGUUUAAAAAUCGAAGACAAAGGGAUCGUACGCCGCAAACCAGAUCGGAUAUGCUGCCACUAAAUUGUCAAAGCACAACGAACAGUACAAUAAGUAAUUCGGUGAGCAACGGAGGCAAUAUGCAAUCAUUGCAGAGUAUCGAUUCGGACAGUCCGAAUUUAGCGAUGUCACCUUUAUCAACGAUGGGUAUGUCGCCAGCAGCAAUGAAUCCAUGUAGUCCAAUGGGUAUGAGUCCUAUGGGGCCUCAUCAUCAUGGAUACGCGACUCCUGUAACGCCGUCCUCCGUACACACGGCUCAUCCACACAAUGGUGGUUUAAGUCCGAUGAACGACGUUAAAGCGUUAUGUUAUGGUCGUAGUGUUUACGACAGCGGUAAAGACGUCGAACAGAGUUCGGUUUAUUAUCCCAGUCAUACCAGUAUGCAUCAUCAAUAUUAUCAACAAACCCAUCAUCAAAUGAUGUCCGGUUCUCAUCAUCAUCAUCAUCAUCAGCAGGGCAUGCCAACGGGCUACGAAAUUAUGUUACCUCCGCCGCAACAUUCCAUGUGACCAACGGAUUACGAUGGCGAACGAAACGAGCAAGGUCAUCACGGACCGAAUGACGAUUCCUUGGCUCGUAUUCACGCCUUUGCCUGAUUUUUUGUGUCCCAAAGUUUUUCCAUUGGUGUAUCAUCAUCAUCAUCAUCAUCAUCAUCAUCAUCAUCAUCAUCAUCCUCAUCAUCGUCGUCAUCAUUAUCAUCAUCGUCAUUGUGUAAUAUCGAUGCUAACGAAAGGACAAAUUUUCUUCGAUCGUCGAUUUUCGUCACGUGGGGGAGAAAAAAAAAAGAAAAAAUCAUUGAUACCGACGACAGACAAUACACACAUUUGAGAUAUUUUUUUAACUCGCUAUCCGUAGCAAACGGCGGAUCAACUAUCGUUCUUAAUACUGACGAUAAAAAAAAAAAAAAAAAAUAAAAAGAGAAAAGAAAAGGAGAAGAGAAAAAAAGGAGAAAAAAGGAGAAAAAAAAUCAAAAAAAGAAAAGAAAAAAAAAAAAAGGGAAAAAAACGAAAAAGAAAAAAAAGGAACAAGAAGAAAUUAAAGAACGAUUCGACUCGUCACUUAAAAACUGUGAUUAUCAAAUCGGUGCGGUACCAACCAAUUUCUUCGAAUUGAAGGGCCUAAACGUAUCUUAUAAUAAAUUAAAUAGCGAUCGGUGCAUUGAAAAUGCAUUUAAAUUGUGCAAAAGAACAUCGGCCAUCUUUGCAAGGAACGUGAAAUAAAUGAUUUAACCAAUGGGAGACCGAGGCAAUAUCCAUUAAAUAUCAGGGAGGAGCUCGAAAACUGGUUUUACCCGUGCGCGCAAGCACGUACGCACAUACAUACGACGCACACACACACACACGCACGCACGCACGCACACACAUACCACACAUAAUUCUUUAAUUUACUUUCGAGAUAUCAUGGCGUGUAUUAGAAAAAUCCUGCUGUGUAAGUAAAUUUUAACGAACGACGGAUAUGAUUCGAUAGCCGUAAUACUUUGAUGAAUUUUUAAAAAUACUUCUCGUCGAAUUUUUUUCUUAAAUAGAGUAUUCUAUGUCACAUCGAGUUAUUACAUACAUACUUAAUGAACUAUAUCAUCGAAGUGAUAGAAAAAUUAAAAUCAAUUACGAUUAUAACGAACAACAAGAAAAAAAAAAGUAAGUAAAUAAAUAAAUAAAUAAAAAAAAAAAAUAAAUAAAUAAAUAAACUAGUCGAAUUUUAUGAAAUUCGUGUAGUAAUGUCCAUAACGCGAAGCGUACGUUAAAAAAAAAAAAAGAAAAAAAAAAGGCGUUUUUUGUUGUAGAUUUCAAAAAAAUCAACAACGAUCCAUAACAGUUUAUUGUCAGAAUAAAAACGUUUAACGUUUUUUUAAUGAUAUUUAACGAUAUAUUUUCGACAUAGUCCGCACAAUAUCUUUUACGUUUUAUAAAUAUCAAUUUAUCUAUCAUGUAUCUCUGUAGUACCUUGCUUUAAACGGAUUAAAUUAAAAUUGCAUACAUAUGUAUAUAUAUAUAUAUAUAUAUAUAUAUAUAUAUAUAUAUAUGUAUAUAUAU